AUGCCUCCUCUGUCCGAUAUCUUCACGAAGCUUCUCAGAAAGGCCAUGGCGGCAGGGAAGGUGCCUCUAGACUGGCUGCACCACCCUCUCUCUCCCGUGCUGCCCGCGCUGGUGCUUAUAGCGGGGGCCAUCUGGCUGCUGGCGCCGCUGGUGAGGCUGUGCAGGAAGGUGAUUAAAAAGAGCGACGCCAAUUGGGAGGAAUCGCGGUCUCGCCACGUGAUGGUGUCGUAUUUGCGCCCGCUCAUCCUCUGGGGCUGUGUGCUCGUGCUCUGCGGCUGCUUCCAGCCAUUCUCAAUGCCCACGGAGGCGGGGCAGCUGAUCAAGGACCGUUUUGUCAACUUCCUGCGCUCGCUCUCCACUGUGCUUGUCUUUGCCUUCUGCACCGCCAACCUAACUCGGCAGAUACAGAAGAUGAUGGAGAAGCAGAGCAACAAGGAGGAGACCCGAAAUGUGGGAGUGCAGUUCGUGGGCAACACGGUCUACACGCUCGUGUGGGUGGCGGCGGUGUUUCUUUUUAUGGAGCUGCUGGGAUUCUCCACUCAGAAGUGGAUCACCGCUGGAGGGCUGGGGACCGUGGUGGUGACCCUGGCAGCUAGAGAGAUUGUCACCAACUUUCUCUCCUCCAUCAUGAUCCAUGCCGCUCGCCCCUUCAUGGUCAACGAGUGGAUUGUGUGCCGCAUCGACGGCCAGGAGAUCUCGGGGACUGUGGAGCACGUGGGGUGGUGGGAGCCGACUCUAGUGCGCGGUGACGACAGGGAGGCGAUUCACAUUCCGAACCACAAGUUCAGCGUGAUUGUCAUCCGCAACAUGAGCACGCGCAACCACUGGCGCAUCAAGAUCUACUUUGGCGUCUGCCAUCUAGAUAUCAACAAACUGCCGGACAUCCUGGUGGCAAUGCGCAAGUUCAUAGGCAAGCACCCCAUGCUGGAGCAGCGCCAUCUGCACCGACGUGUGUUUGUGGAGCGCAUCGAUGAGCAGCUGCAAGCCAUCAUGGUCAUGUGCUCAUGCUUUGUCAAGACGCCCUAUUUCGAGGAGUACCUGCGAGUGAAGGAGAACGUCGUUCUAGAGAUGUACAAGAUCAUUCUCGACCAUGGGGCGCGCCUGGCCACGCCCAUCCGCUCAGUGCAGCGGCUGUACGACGAGGGCGAGGUGGCACGGGGAGGGUAUGGUGACGAGGACGAGUUUGACGAGGAGGAAGAGGAGGAGGACUACGAGGAGGAGGAGGAGGAGGAAAUGCGGCCCCCCGCGCUGCUCGUCGCUGCUGGGCUGGGCGUCGCUGGUGUGGGGGCAACAGCAGGGGCAGCAGGACCGGCAGCAGCAGCAGGGGCAGCAGGGCAGGGAGGAGGGGAGGUGAAUGGGCAUGCGAGUGUGGGGCCCAAUGGAGGUGCAAAGAGAGGCGUGAGUGGGAAUGGUGUGCCUGGUGGUGCAGGCGAUGCAGGUGCUGCUAAUGGUGGCCUGCAUCACUCUCCUUCUCCUUCUGCUGCUGCUGCUGCUGCUGCUGCUGCUGCUGGUAGUGGUGGUGGUGCUGCUGCUGGUGGUGUUGGCACAGCUGCCAGUAGUGCUGGUGUUGCUCCCCCCGCCACUACACAUGCAGCUGCUCCCCCAUCCUCCUACCCCCCUCUCCCUCCUUCCCCUCCUCAGUCCUCGCCUACACCCUCCUUCUCUCCUCCCCAAAUCUCCUCUCCUCCGCCUCCCACAUCACCUCCCAUGCAGCAAUCCACGUCACCUCCCAUGCAGCAAUCCAUGUCACCUCCCAUGCAGCAAUCCACGUCACCUCCCAUGCAGCAAUCCAUGUCACCUCCCAUGCAGCAAUCCACGUCACCUCCCAUGCAGCAAUCCACGUCAUCAUCCACACAGCCCUUCAUCCCUCCUACUCCUCCUCCUGGCCCCCCAUCAGCCCCUCCCCAUGUCCCCCUUUCCUCACGCCCCCCCUCCCCUCCCCGAUCACCUCCCCCUGGCCCUCCAUCAGCCCCUCCCGCUGUCCAGCCCUCAUCACGUCCUCCCUCCCCUACCCGAUCACCUCCUCUUCCCGCCUCCCCAUCGGCCCCGCCUGCCUUCCCUUCCCCUGCCCCCACCGUUUCCACUCAGGGAAGAGCCUCUGCCAACCCUGGCCCCCCUGCUCCCUACCCCCCCUCUGCUCCCCAGCCUCCCUUCGCUUCUCCCCAGAAGCCCCUUGCGAAGCCAGCUCCUGCUGCUGCUUUCAGCCCUCCUCCCUCUUCAAGCCCUCCUUCCUCCCCAGCUCCUCCCGCCUCAGCCGUCCCGUUAGCCUCCCCCGUUCCCCUGGCGUCCCCCUCUCCCUCCACCCCCACCGGUGCCAGCCCGCUAACCAGCGGCCCUCCUAGCAGGCAAGCAGCACCCACCACUGCUGCACCCAGUAGUGCUCCGCCAACCGCUGUUCCACCCACCGCUGUUCCCCCCACCACAGCCAGUCCUGUUGCACGGGCUCCUACUGGCCCACCUCCCUCUGCCGCUCCAUCAUUCUCUCCCACUCCUCCCACGCCCAAUCCACCCACUGCUGCUCCUCCCACAUCACCAACACCCAGAGGCCCUGCCAACCCACCUGGGAACCUCAGCAGCAGCCCACGGCAGCCCCCUGCUUCUGUUCCAGCACCCUCUGCCACUCCCCCUUCCUCCUCUGCCACAGCUGCACCUGCCACUUCUCCUACCUCGCCAGCUACAGCCGCUUCUGUCAAUCCACCUUUCACCUUUGCUACUGCCCCUCGCUCUCCCGCCCCUGCUUCUGCAGGGGGAGGUGCAGCAGGGGGAGGUGCAGCAGGGGGAGGUGCAGCAGGGGGAGGUGCAGCAGGGGGAGGUGCAGCAGGGGGAGGUGCAGCAGGGGGAGGUGCAGCAGGGGGUGGUGCAGCAUGGGGAGGGGGAGGUGCAGCAGGGGGGGUUGCAGCAGGGGGAGGUGCAGCAGGGGGGGUGACAGCAGGGGGAGGUGCAGCAGGGGGGGUGGCAGCAGGGGGAGGUGCAGCAGGUGGGGUGGCAGCAGGGGGAGGUGCAGCAGGGGGGGUGGCAGCAGGGGGAGGUGCAGCAGGGGGGGUGGCAGCAGGGGGAGGUGCAGCAGGGGGGGUGGCAGCAGGGGGAGGUGCAGCUGGUGUUGCUGCUGGCAUCGGUGGAGGUGGCGGUGGUGGCAGUGGUGGCACAGAUGGUGGUGGGAGUGGCAGUGGCGCUGCAGCAAGCAGGCGGGAAGUGUUGAGAGAGCAGCGUGCUGCUCGGUGGAGGGAGGAGCAGGCAAGGGGUGGUGGGGCCAGGGGUGCACUGGGAAUGGACGGAGGUGAUGAGGAGGGCGAGGGAGGGGAGAAACAAGGGGGACAGUCAAGCCAUCCAGAGAAGAGGGGCGGUGAGAGAGAGCAAGAGAGGAAGCUGAGUGAGGGUGGGAGUCGUGGGAAUGAGGGGGGGGGGGGUGAUUUGAGAAAGCGGGAGGGAAGUGAGGGUGUAGAGUUGGCUUCUGAUGGGAAACCAGGGGUGGGAGCGGGGAUGGGAGUGGAGGUAGCACCUGUGCCCGUCUUUGCUGCUGAUGUCAUUUCAGCUGGAGCAAUUACACAGCCUGCUGGCACUGGUGAUGGUGGUGAGGGGGGUGGUGGUGGAGGUGGUGGUGGAAUUGGUGGGGAUGGUGGGGUUGGUAUGGGUGGUGGAAAUAAUAAUCCCACCAGCACAAUAGGCAUGAGUGCUUCUGAUUUUGCAUCAGCAGGCGAAGCAAGGAGCAUUGGUGGGCAAGUGUUGGCUCCAGGAGAGGCAGUGAUGCGAGGUGGAGCAGGGGAGAGCAGACCACCGCUACUGGGAGCAGCAGCAGCUGCAAUGAUGAGUGAGGGUGGUAGGCCUUCAGCAGUAGCAGCAGCAAGCUUCUUGAGUUCAGAUUCAGACACAGCUUCAGGGACUGGGGACGCUGGGGAAAGAGAAGCCCCUGGUGCGACCAAUGCUACAAGCGCUGCCGGUGUAACUGAUGUUGGAGGGGGCGAUGGUAGUAUGGGACUUGGAACAAUGGGUGGCACGAAGCAGGGUCGAUAA